AUGGCUUCCUCUUCGGCCGCUACCAAGCGCAACCUGAAACCUUCACCCAUCAUACCCAAUCCACAGCAAAACGCAAACUUUGCCGCGUCUGUAGAGCUGCCUAGUCUUCAGCCCGCCCUCGCGCCAGGCCAGGACUCGUUCUCCGUCUUUCCUCCGCAUCCACCGCAGCAGAGAAAGCGCAAAUCCGUGAACGAGCAGCAGAUGGCUGCGAAUGCUAGCUCCACCGGCGCGACGUCUGGAGGCGGGCCCGCUGUUCCAGGCGCCGCGGGCGACUCAGAUGCCCACAACCAAGAGCCAAAGGCCAAGAAAAGCAGGACCAACACUCCAUGGACACCAGCAGAGGAGCAGAGGCUCAAGACCAUGAGAGACGCGCAGAAGACUUGGAGUGAAAUCGCAAAGACAUUCCCGCAACGAACGGAAGGUAGUGUCAAGAAACACUGGUACAAGGAUAUGCACUAUGCCGAAUUUGGGGAGGACGAGAGCGCAGCGCUGCUUGCCGCGAUCAAGGAGUACGAUCAGAACAAAUGGAAGGUGAUCGGACAGAAGGUCAACAAACCCGCAAAAGCAUGCGAGCAGUAUGCGAAGGAGCAUUUUGGCGGAAAGGCCUGA